UCUCCCGCUGCUGACGUCACCGCAGCCUGGGCAGAGCUGAGAGCCGCCUGCGGACACAGCGCCGAGGAAAAUGCUUCUCUCCGUACCGCCAAGGACAGGAAUCAACCCCUACAGCAGCGGAUUCAACGGAAGAACCAGCAAAAAGCAGUCCUAUGUGUCCUCCGGCCACCAGAUGGCGCCCCCCAGUCCCAACACGAACAGCAGCAGUAACAGCAGUGGAGGGGGCGGGGAACAGCUGAGUAAGACUAACCUGUACAUCCGCGGACUCCAUCCAGGGACCACAGACCAAGACCUGGUUAAACUCUGCCAACCGUAUGGCAAAAUCGUGUCGACCAAGGCCAUCUUAGAUAAAACCACCAAUAAAUGUAAAGGUUAUGGCUUUGUGGAUUUUGACAGUCCAGCCGCGGCGCAGAAAGCGGUCACAGCGCUAAAGUCCAGUGGGGUCCAAGCUCAGAUGGCCAAACAACAAGAACAGGACCCCACAAACCUGUACAUCUCUAACCUGCCUGUGUCCAUGGACGAGCAGGAGCUGGAGAGCAUGCUCAAGUCCUUUGGUCAGGUCAUCUCCACCAGGAUCCUCCGGGACGCCAACGGGACCAGCCGCGGGGUCGGGUUCGCCAGAAUGGAGUCCACGGAGAAGUGCGAGGCCAUAAUACAACAUUUCAAUGGCAAAUUUAUCAAGACGCCCCCAGGAGUUCCUGCGCCCACAGAGCCACUAUUGUGCAAGUUCGCAGAUGGGGGUCAAAAGAAGAGGCAGAACCAAGGAAAGUACCUCCAGAACGGACGGCCCUGGGCGAGGGACUCAGAUACGGGAGGAAUGACGCUAGCGUAUGACCCCACAGCCUUACAAAACGGGUUCUACUCGUCGCCGUACAGUCUGGGCCCAAACCGGAUGAUCGCUCAGACGUCUCUGCCCUACAUGCAUUCACCCGUCUCCUCCUACCAGGCUUUAUUUGACAGAUACAGUAGGCUGGCAGGAAAUGGGGCAGACAGAUGGGGCAAUGACAUGGAGCAAAGUGGCCGGGACUCGAACCCGGGCCGCUCCAAUGCGUGCUAUGCGCUCUACCAGGUACACAACCCGUCCUGGAUGCACCAUCAGUCAUACCUCAUGCAGCCAGGAGCUGUUCUGACCCCGACUAUGGACCAUGCUAUGUCCAUCCAGCCCACGUCGAUGAUGGGGCCCCUCACACAGCAGCUCAGCCACCUGUCCCUGGGCAGCACAGGCACAUAUAUUCCGGCCAACACAACUAUGCAAGGGACCUACAUCCCCCAGUACACCCCAGUGCCUCCCUCCAACGUCCAAGUCGAGGAGAAUGGUGGUCAGCAGCAGCAGGUCACCAUGGAAACUCCUGCAGAACACUCAAACUACUCAUACACCAAGUAAAGCUAAGCUCUGGGUGAGGAGAAGCGCACCUGUUGAAUCUGACCAAUCAGGCUUCAGGACGCGGCGUGCUCGUCCCCUGCACCUGGACUGAACCCGGAUCACAAAAGGAACGUGUGUGUGUGUUUGUUUAUGUGUGGAAAACCUCUGUGCUUUUUUUUUUUUUUUUUUUUAACCGAAAGGACAAUACAACAUGAACCAAAGGUGGGACUCUUCUCCACAGACACUAUUUUGAUAAACACAUUGAGAUGACAGUUGGUGCAGCGCUAUUUUUGUGCAAAUUAUAAUGAAAUCCUAUUUUUCAAGAGCAUUCUGGACGCUUCGGAGUGAUUUGAGAAAGAGCUGAUGUAUUUUUUUUUUUGUUUUGUAAAAUAUGCAAACUCGCUUUUUUUUUCUGUCGUGUUGUUUGACAAGACCUGUCACGAUAAUACAUUUCAAAGCUCGAUAUAUCGCUACAGAGAAAUACUGCGAUAAACGAUAGUAUUGAAACUAGUUUAUAUCACUGAUUAAGAUUUGAAUGAUGCAAGAUGAACCCAGUAAACCAUUUUUAAAUCGACUGUUUCAUUAAAAGACAUGAGUUGCAACAAAAAAAUAGAAAGAAACAAUAAUUAGCCAUAGAAGAGACAUAAAGUAUUGCAACAAAAAUACCCAAAAACUCCACAUUUUUGCAAAGAAAAAGGACUCAUGAUAAAUACUGAGGCCUAAAAUAUAUUAUUCCAGCUUUCAUAAAUGUGAGCGUGACAUCACCCAUAGCGUUCCGCUCCAGUCAAAUGAAGCUCAUCGAGGCUAGAGCAGUUAUAGGGGCCAAUUUGGAGCAGAGUUCCAUAUUUGGAAUUCUGACCACAAGUAUCAUAGCAACCAAAGAGCCAAUCUGGAGUGAGGCUGUUGAAGGUAACACCCCUUUCUGACUCGAACUGCUGCUUUGGCAGGGAGUGGGAGCUUAGUAACACUGGUAAUCAAACCUGUUGCUAAUGCUAACGGGAGCAACCUCGAGGAAACCUAAAGAAUAGAUUUGUCUGUUGUUAAUGUUCAUAUCAAUAACGAACAAUACCAAAAUAAAAACGCCAGGAUCAUAUAGAGCGUGUUAAUACAAACAUUUUAAGAUCAAAAUGACAAGUCUGACAGCAGCAGUUACAGAGAGAGGGGUGACAAUUUUUAAAUGAAUUGGAUUCAAUGGAGCCGGAAGCUAGCCCAUGCUCACUUCCUAUUUGGAACGCGGUGGCUAGCAGGUUAGCUACGUCCUGUGGUCGAUAUAGUGAUUAUCGUGACAGGCCUAUGUUUGACGUUGUAUUUUGCAGGAGCACAGCAACAAUUUGUACAGAUCUGAAACAUUUGAACCUGUUUUUGCUGGUGACAGUCCAGUUAGCUUCGGAGGUAAACCGUUUAAAGCUACUUCUUCUUCUUCUUAACUGCUGCAGAACUGCUGCUUUUUCACGCACAGGAGAGAACAGUUUAGACCAACACAAGACAAUCAAUUCUUUCUAUUUAUAUUUGAAUUUCUAUUUUUAGAUUUUUUUAGAGAUCAAAGUUUUUAGAAAGAAAGUUAUUUAAUAGUUUAUUUUGCAAUGUAAUAUAGAUAAACUUCACGACGCACUGAAAAAAGCUCCAAGAGUGACAUUUAUAAGGGCUUUAAAAAAACUAGAAUUUUUACUUAAAGUUGAAGAAACCAAGUCCGAUAUUAAAGGUCCUAUAUUACGCUAAGUUGACUUUUGUUAUAAUGUUGUUACCUCCUCAAAAAAUAACUGGAGUUGUGUUUUGUGUGAUUCACACAUUUGAGUAACCCUUUAUUAUUAGUCUAUCUACAUCUCCAAAGCUCAAAACGCUCUGUUCCACCUUGUGAUGUCAUGAAGUGAUAGUUUUCAAGUUAACAGCUCCUUUUUAUGUCCAGCUCAGUAGAGAUUGGAAAUUCCACGACUAAAAUUAUUCAAAUGAUUCUAGUGAAGAUGUUUGCAAUGCACUUCCUGUAUAACCACAUGACAUCACAAGGUGGAACUGAGUGUUUUCUGUUUGAGAGAAGAACUCUCUCAAACUCUCUCUCUGUGUUAGACAUAUGUGAAUGAAACAAAAAAAACACAACUCCAGGUAUGUUCUUGAUGAGGAAACAACAUUAUAACAUAGAUCAGAAAAUAGCAUAAUAUGGGCACUUUAACAUUUAGUCAAGUUACUUUUGUAAAAUAUUCCGUGAUAUGAGAAGUGGUUUUAAGCGGUUUUAUUGAGGUUUCAGCAGAGUAAUCCUUUGGCCGUUUGUGGUUGAAGUAAAAAUAUGCUACAGAUUUAUUAAUGAACUUGUUGUGUGUACAGAACAAUGCAGUGACUAGUUGUUUAUGAGGGAAAAUCUAACAGAGAAUAUGAUGUUUUUUGGAGGUGGGAGUUAGUCAGUCUUUAUCAAUGCUGCUGUCACAUAAUGCGUUUGAAUGGAGCCCUAAGGUCAGUGUAAAAGAGAACAUUUUCAAACACCUGAUGCAGUAGUUUAAUUAGCAAAAUGCACGAUGAUUGUGUUGUGAUACUGCUCUGAAGGGGAAGUGACUUAGUGUGAGGAGCAAUGGGAGCGGGGGCAUGUUAAUACUUUGUUUUCGGCCAAUAUAGCAUUUUCAAAACAAUAAAAAGGAAACAUGGGCUGUGUCUAAAUGUCCACACUCUUCCUACAGGGAGCAAUAUUUAGGGGUCACAGCAUUUUUAGUGGUGUUUGAAUGUCUAUUUGGUGAAAAAGUAGUGCACUUAAAAUUUCCCACAAUGCACCUUGAAAAGUAGUGGGCAGAGACAGGUCUUUAACUGGACACAACACGAGUGAAUGAAGCAGAGAGAAGCGCUGGUUUAUUUCACUGUUGAUCCUGAUUAUGAAUUAAACACUAUUAAAUAAACUGUUGAUGUGUAAAGUUGCUAGCGUUAGCCACUUUAGCCUGAGCUGUUAACAGAGUGAGAAUUUCCACAUCUCAGGUUAAAAAAAAUUAAAUCUAGAUGUGUGAGAUCCAUCUUCAUAAAAACUUGUGUGAUUAUUAUUAGUCCAUAAAGACUUGUGCCAGUCCAAUCUGAUCAUUAUUUAUGACACAAAUCAACUUUUAUCAGAGUUUAGCCUUUGCUUUUUUUACCCAGACACCUAGACAGAGUCAUGUGACUUGUGAACGAGUCUCUAUAGAGUCCACUAAAGAGUGUGGGCUGUGGAGUGAACGAGGGGUGAGGGGCUGAGGGAGACAUUCAGACACAGCCAUGGUGUUGUAAAUAUGUUCUGUGUUAGCAGUUAAUACCCCAUAGAAGUGUAACACCCCCUUUUUAAUGUACAGUGUGCACAUUAUUCGGCUCAAAUGAAAAUUGGCUCUGGGCCCGGCCGACUUUCUGUUAGCGUCACUACUUCUUGCCCAGUUUUAUCUCUAUGAGGUUUUUGCCCAGUCACACUAAAAUUUAUAAAUAUAUAAAGAAAAGAAAUGUUUGUGUCUCAAUGCUAAUGCUACUUUUGAGGCAUAAUAAGCAUUAAAACAACACCACAAACUAAAGUAUUUGACAUAUAAAAAUAAUUGUGUAGUUUUGAUUAGAAUUAAUUAGCAUUUCAAUAUGUUGUUUAUGUUAUGUUUUUCAAUUGUAAUACAAUACCAGUGACUUUUAGCUUUGAGUCACAGUGUGCUAGCUAGCGUGCUGUAAACAUCUCCAUAGUAACAAGUCCUCACCUUUAAGACAUUGUGUUGUUCUGUGAUUAAAAUGUCCUUUUUUCCUUGACUUUGGGGCUCCAUUAAGUUUUAUUCACCAUCAGUGACUUGUUUUUGUAGAAAAUGUUUUGUGUCUUCUUUCACUUGAACUUUUAGAGCUAAAGCCUUUAAAGUCAUGUUGCCUUUAUGACUUUAUCUUUUUUUGACGUAGAUUAGAGUUUAGCUGUAGAAACCUUUGCGCCUUUUUGUUGAUUUUUGUCAUUUCCUAUUGUUGAAAUAUCUUCCGUUCCAAAACAGGUGCUGAUUUUUGGACCUGAAAGCCGUGCGUUUUUUUAAAAAAGAGCUUAACCAAACACUGACUUUAGCUUGUCCUCGUACCGUAAUCCAAAUACGUUUAAUUUAUGUGAAACCGCAGACUGUAGAUAUGUAGAUAGUCGGAGGCAGGCUGCUCACUAGACCAUGGAAGUGCCAUUACAGAUGAUUUCAAGCCUUUAGUGAGCCCAAGUCUGGAUUUGUGCAAAGAUUCAGAGUUGCGCAAAAACUCUUGUUGCUAACGCCUUAACGUUGCUCUUCAGAUGAAACUGCCGCCUUGAAGCGAGGAGGAGGAAGUGUAAAUACGGACACAAGCGCAUGUCAUUUUAGAUGUUUUAGGAUUUUUCCUGCUCUGAACUUUGUUGUUUUUGUUGCUAUUAGGGUUGUCAAAAGUAUCAAAAUUCAGAUACUAAAAAUAGUAUUGAAACUAGAUAUCAGUACUCAUUUGAGCAGGUAUCGAUACUAAAAAAGUUACAUUCACAAGACAGAAAUGAACCGCCCAUGGACCACUAUGAACCUACUGGACACUGAGAGAUUACAGAUAUAAGACACAUGGGAAUAGAAAAGAAAGUACUACCAUUUAAUGUUGAAAAUCACAUUCUAUUGUCUAAAGAAGCAGCGUUUUUUAUUAUCUUUGUGGUAUCGGAACUGGUAUCGAGUAUCAAGUCUAUUCUUUAGUAUCAAAAUCGAGUUUAAAAUGUUAGUAUAAUGACAACACUAGUAGCUGUAAUUUCUCAUUUCUGCAACCAAAGACGUCGUAGCCAUCUGUAGAGUUUCUGGUCAAGAUUAGGGAAACAAAAUUAACCGAGUGUAGUUAAACUGUGUGAAGUUUUUCUCAAUUGCUUUAAAACCUGAGGCUCAAACAGCUCGAAUUGGCCGGCACCAAUUUAGGAAACAUGUCCAGAGAAAAAUAUGAAGCUAUACAUUUGCUAAAUAAAGGUGCUUGUCAGAAACUGAAAACCCUUUUUUAGUUGGUAUGUCUAAACAAAUCAGAUAAUUUAAGAUAGCACUGAUUCAAAAUCGUAGUUUGAAAAGAUUAAAUAAGCAAAUCACAAAGACUGCAGUUUUCAGAGUACCAAAAUUUCUUAUUCUGCAUAAAAACUGAUGACCUUGUAGUUUACAUCUGUACAAACGUGUUCUGAAAUGUGUUAGUUAUAUUUUAGUGUUUUUUGACAGUUCUUCUGGGCUCGUUAAAUGUGAACUUUGAACAGAAUCUUAUUGUAAAGGUCCUAUAUUACACAAAAUUGACUUUUCUGAGAUUUAAGUUGUGUUAUAAUGUUGUUACCUCCAAAAACAAACCUGGAGUUGUGUUUUGUUUCAUUCACACGUUUUAGUAACCCUUUAUUAUUGGUCUGUCUACAUCUCCAAAGCUCAAAAUGCUCUGUCCCACCUUGUGAUGUCAUGAAAUGGUAGUUUUCAAGUGAACAGCUAGGAGUGUUUUCAGUUUGAGACAAGAACUCAGCCUAAAUAUGCAGGAUUUGUGUGUUAAACAUGUGUGGAUGAAACAAAACACAACUGCAGGUCUGUUUGUGAUGAGGAAACAACAUUAGAACAGAUCAGAAAACAGCAUAUUAUGGGCGCUUUAAAACAAAAAUCGCAAAUCUAAUUAAAAAAAUGUAAAUAUUUGUCCCCAAAUCGUUCAGCUCUUGUCUAAAAGCAAUUGAGAUCAACUCCCUUCUGUUCUUGUUGCUCUACCAAACAGACCAUCUUCUCCAGAGCUUUCUUUGUAAAUAUAUUUUUGUUCACUUUUUCUGUGUGUUUUUAUUGUGGACACAUUGAUUUUAAUAUCAAACAGGCUUUAUGUUCAGACUCAAUGCACCAUGAAGGAAAAAUCAUGGCUACUGUUAUAAAUGUUCAGAUAAUGUUUUUCCAUAGCCAUCACUUUGAAUUCAAAAACUCACAUUUUGAAACUAUGAAAUGGCCAGGGGUUACAAUGCAGUGUUUAUUUAUUUUAUUUCUUUGUUCUUUUUUUUUUUUAAACAUGAAUGAAAUUAUACCUUAAAUUAUAUGAACGAUAGGACAGUUCAAACGGUUCCUUGCACUUAUCAUAGUUAAAUUGGAGAUAGUCGAUACGGAGGAAUGGCUUAUUUCAUAGCUUCAAAAGUUUUGCUGCUAAAACAGGAUUUCCACGUAGGAGAUGGGGCAUUGCUUGGAUCAUUCGCUAAAAUUAAGUUAUCGUUUUUGUUUCUUUUUUAACUGACAGUUCAAAUCAGUAACUCUCAACUGUCCUGACUUAGGAUGUUACUUCGCACAAUUGUUUUUUUAUACAAAUUUGGUUAACGCAGAGUCAAACUUGAGUACCUCAUUAUAGGUCAGCUGUUGAAUAAGCUCCACCAACAUUUACCUCUAUUCAGUAAUAUUUAGCAUAUUUAUUUGACUCAUUUUUAACCUUUUGUGGUGAUUAAAAAAUAGAUUUACAUAUGCAAUUUAGAAAGUGUCCUAUUGGCAUUGGCAAAGGAAAGUGGACCGUUAGGAGAAUGGUUCCACUGACUCAGUGUAGUUCUGGUUUAGUCCUGGUCUUAACCUGGUUUAGUUCUGGUUUUGUCCUGGUUUAAUUCUGUGUAGUUUUGAUUUAGUCCUGGUUUAGGCCCCAUAGGUCUGGUUUAAUCUAGGUUUAGCCAUGGUUUAGUCCUAAUUUGUCUCGGUUUAGGUCUGGUUUAGUAAUAGUUUUAGUUCUGGUUUAGUCCUGGUUUAGUCCUGGUUUAGUCCUAGUUUAGUCCUAGUUUAGUCCUAGUUUAGUCCUGAUUUAGUCCUGAUUUAGUCCUGAUUUAAUCUUGGUUUAGUCUAGGUUUAGUCUUGGUUUAGUCUAGGUUUAACCCUGGUUUAGUUCUGAUUUGUCUUUGUUUACGUCUGAUUUAGUAAUAGUUUUAGUCCUAGUUUAGUAGUCCUGGUUUUGUCUUGGUUUAGUUCUACCUUAAACCUAGUUUAAUCCUGGUUUAGUUUUGGUUUAGUCCUAGUCUAAGAUUGGUGUGGUCCUUGUUCAGUCCUGGUCUAGUUCUGCUUUAGCCUUGUUUUAGUCCUGUCUUAGUCCUAGUUUAGUCCUAGUUUAAUCCUGGUCUAGUCCCGGUCUAGUCUUGGUCAAGUCCUGGCUUAGUCUUAGUCUAGUCCUGGCUUAGUCUUGUCUUAGUCUUGUGUUAGUCCUGGUCUAGUCCUGGUUUAGUCUUCACUUAGUCCUGGCUUAGUCUUGUGUUAGUCCUGGUCUAGUCCUGGUUUAGUCUUCACUUAGUCCUGGCUCAGUCUUGUCUUAGUCUUGUGUUAGUCCUGGUCUAGUCCUGGUUUAGUCUUCACUUAGUCCUGGUUUAGUCCUGGUUUAAGGCCCCACCCCCAGUUGAGAAUUACUGGUUGGUUUAACAGAAAUAUGCUAAUUCCUCAUUACUUUCUAACACUGUACAUAGUCUAAGUGCAUUUAAACGUUUGGGGAAUGAUCCAACAUGGCCGCCACUCCUCUUGUGAACAGUUUCUUAUUUAUACAGAACUCAUUUUGUACACUUUUGUUAAGAAUAGAGGAUUUUGAUAUUUGGUUUAUGUUUUUGCAGAGGCCACGAGGCUCCUUUUGUCUUCCUGUGCCAGACUUUGCUAAAAUUGUCUGUAACUUUUGUGUUUUUUUUAUUGAUUGAUGAGAUUUCCUUUUCUUCUUCUUUGGUUUUAUCUUUUUGAAUUUGAAUAUGUCAAUUUUCUUUUUUUAAUAAAAUUGUUUAAAUGACACU